GUCUAUACUGAUAACUGAUCCUCCUAGGAUGGUUUAUACUCGCAUAAUUCGCGUUCGUCGGAAUUCGUCUGGUCUCGUUUAUACUCGUCCUCACACGAAAGCCCUGGGAACGAGGUUGAUUCGCACAAAAUGAAGUAUUUACAUUUCUUUGUGUGGCGUGCCUGCUGUGUCUCUUUAAAGAAGGCUCGGAUUCGGAAUAUAGUAUAAAAUUUUAAAAAAUCUAAAAUCGCUCGAUGUUUGAGCCUUUGAGGUGACAAAAACAGCUGCAUUUCAAAAUUUAUAAAAUCAAAACAAAAUUCGAAUCGGCAACAAACAUCACCAAACAAUGUCUGAACAAGCAAUAAUAGAUUUACCUGUGGUAGAAGGCCUUGCGACAGCUUCACCCAAGGAAGUCGCCCCAGAGAAUCCGAACACACAACUAGGAAUCCUCGCACAAGACAAUGAAUGUUCUACUAAUAUAUCUGCGAUUGAAGAUUCAGGACGGAUUAUGUUCAGGGGAGCGGAUAUGUCAUUUCUGAAAAUAAAUGGAAUUCAGAUGUUUACAUUUUAUGAAAUCAUGCGUAAACUUUGUCCUGAUGCUAAACGAGGUAAACUAUAGAUGACUUGCAAAUGUUACAAAUUUUAUUUAUGUACCAAUCAGUGUUACGCCCCACCCUAGGGAGGGCGGGCAAACCCAGGGGCAUUUGACAUUUUCAAUUUUUUUGUGUCAAUAGUCCCCGCUGUGAAGCAGCACUUAGUGGUCAAUCGUUGUCAAAUGCCCCCACCUCUGAGUUAGAGGAAAACUACAAAAUGUUAUAAUCUGCUCAAUAUUUAUAAUAUAGCAUUUGUAAAUUCUGAACGCUAUAAAUUGGCUAAGAGCCAUGUUGAUAUAACUCGAUAUAAACGUGGAAAUUUCCAGUCGCUCUUGGAUUCAAAUAUUCAAUUGUAAUCAUUAUUUUCUCCUUUCUUAUUUAUUUCCUAGUCUGUUAAAUUAUGUAUUAAAAAGACAAAACUUAACAAGAUUUUAUUUUAAAAAGCCGCAAAUGAAGUACCCUGCGACAAAUGAACGGGCGUGACGAGGGUCUCUUGGCCAUAGUUCUAAUACCUGAUAUUGUUCUCUUACCAUGUUUUUAUGGUAUCCGGUUAUGGAUUUGGCCAGAGCCCUUCAUCGCGCUCGGUCGAACACACAUAAAAAGGGCUCUGGGUACAAGAAUGUAGUGAACUACAACUACUUCGCUACUACCCACCCUUGUCAAUUCACCAUGUAUCCCCGCCCUCCCGGGCAAUAACAUUGAUUGGUGCUUAAAAGUUCCAGCCCCUAUGGCCCUGGUACUUUACAAUUUCCCAUGACUUAAGGAAAUUGUUAAAGUGUAACAUGUUUUCUUCACAGUAUUUUCCCCAUGAAUUUUCUCAUGAAAUUUCCUCCAAGCUUUAUGUAUCAGUCAAUUCCAGCAGUGCCCAUCCCCCGGGCCUUUGCAGUUUUUCCUAAUCUUGGGGUGGGGCUAUUUCCCAAACUUUUUUAGCCCAGGAGUGGCUGUGGGGACUUAAACGUUUUCCAUUAUGGCGGACUAUAACAUGAGAUUUUGCUGGAAAAGAUAAUGAAUUCAUUUGCAAAUGGCUUGACACUCGUUCUUUGUGAUGGCCUUUCAGUACCAUUGUUUUUUAUCAUUGAUGAGUAAAAUCCUUUGUCUACAUGAAAUAGUUUUCUCCUUCAAUGGACAAUGAUCACUAUAAAAAAUAAUCCACAGUAUGAGUGCAUCGCCAACCCAUCAAAUUUAUACUGUUGCAUUAAAAUAAAAGAUUUUUAUUCUUGUUGUGGAACUUCUAUUUUCUACUUUGCAUUAGACUGAACAUUGCGGUAUAUCGAUGUAGUCGAUAAAUAAUGAAAUUUCAAAAAUAUGGACAUUCGAUUUUUUGAUUACCAAAAAUACCGAAAAACUAUCGAAAGUUUUAUCAAAAUUAUUUCCCGGUAAAGUCUAGAAAACAUGUGUGGGCAAGUGUUUAUCACAAAAGAUCACAACCGGGCAUGUGUGAUGACUCAUAAAAAUGGAAUGUGCUCUUAUUUGAAUAAUAAUCUUAAUGGCACCAGACGGGCAGUGGCAUAUAAUGGCGAAGGUUUAAAAAUAAAGUAUCACAGCUCAUUGUAGGUCACUGUUUAGUUUAUUGUGAAGAUAUGUCAAUUCAACGAAGUCCUAAUAGAGGUUCAAAUUUACAAAAUAGACUUACCUUCAAAUCUACUGUCAGUGUGCAAUUCACUAUAACUCAGUAAGUUAAUUCACUAUAACUCAGUCAGUAAGUUAAUUCACUAUAACUCAGUCAGUAAGUUAAUUCACUAUAACUCAGUCAGUAAGCUAAUUCACUCUAACUCAGUAAGUUAAUUCACUAUAACUCAGUGAAAUUAGAUGCUAUUGUGAAAAAUUCUUUCAGAUUUGGAAAGAGUCCUCGCCUUUGCCUUGUGCUUUUACUCUCCUUAAUUUCUUGGACAAGAUGCUAAAUGAGCUGAACAAAUAUUUUUCUGAGAAAGCAUGUGAAAUGAUUGCUCUCUUCUAUCCAGGGUUGAUUAUAAUGGUUUGGCAAUUGGCUAUUUGCUGAACAAAAACAGUAAAUGGCGGAUUAAUUUUAUGUUCUGUGUUGACAUUUUGACUGGUGACAUAAAAUAAGUACGUUUUGUUAUCAUUUAAUUUAAAGGCACUGUACAUUAUGUGAUUAGUACUGUUCACUAAACAUUUUCUUGGAUUUGCUGCAAAAAGUGCUACAAAACCACAUCAAUGACAGACAAUCAGACAUGCAGAAAAUUCUAACACAAUAUCCAUUGAUUGCAUAGAUCAUUGGGUCUGCUUAAUUAAUUAAUGUGUAAUCUUCAUGUUCAGAAUAGGUGCGAAUGAAAUCUAGGUAACAAUAAUUACAGUACAUAGAACUCAGCAAAUUAGUGGAGAAUUUUUAAUUAAGCAGACUCAUACCCAACAACUACGCACUCUACAGACCAAAGGAAGAAAACGUAAGUGCUUGUGGGCAUGGUUGAAUGCUUUAGAGUGUGGUAAUCGAGUGGUUUAUGAGAGCCUGUUGACACUUUGAUGUACCAAUAUUACAGAAUAACUUAGCUACUAGUAACAUGGCAAACUUAGGCUACGUUUACACCAUAACAGAUGGCUUUCAGUAUCUAUCCGAUGUGGAAUGUACAGUACAACUUUCAGAAGCUGCGCAAAACAAUAUCUCUUGGUUGCAAUGAUUCUUCUGAAAUUAGCAUUCUUAUAACAAGGACGGAUAGGUGUUUUUUUCACGCCGUUACGCAAAGCUAUCUAGUACAGUGUAAACGUAUCCUUAUUGGUAAUUUCGAUACCACUUGAGCCUGCAAUAUUUUGGUCAAUAUUUUUUAAAAUGUAGAACGAUUUGUGUGAUUUUGUUGGUAGUAUUUUCAUCAUAUGUACGAUUUUAGGAGUAAUGUGGACUAAUAGACUAUCAGGGUUCCAAAUGGCAUUUUGCUUGUGCCUGGGGUUCAGUAUUAAAAAAAUUAAUAGCCCAAUUUUCAAGUUUUCAACUAUCCCUCCUCCCCCCUAAAACUUUUUUUGCAAGACGCUUAUAAGGUUAGCGCAAAUAAAUUAAUGAAUAAUUAAUGAUACAUGUUUUGAUAUGUAUUUAGUGAUAUAUGGCUGUAAAGUAUAGUCCAUUUUACAGGUUUUGAUACCAGUACUGAUGGAAAUUGGCAUGACUGCACUAUAAAAACAUUAUAAUUAGUGACAAUUGCAAUACACACAAUUUUAACAUUUCUUGUAUUGGUAAUGUUUUUAUAAAAUUGCCGUUCUAAGUUCUUUUGAAAAUCAAUACUAGACAAUUUGCAUGUUAGCAAAGCAUCAGGGGAAAAGUGGUGAGCAUAAAUACUGUGACGUUAUAAAGUUACCGUUUUAAAGGUCAAGUGCAGCUUACAGAUGAGUGUGAUAUACUUUUACAAUUCAUGUAUAGAGUCUAUAUAUAGACGUUGGUUUAUUAUGGUUUAUACAAUAAAAACUCUAGUUUUAGUACUCAAACUAAAAAAAAAAACAAGACCAUGCCUAUGCCCACAUUAUUAGAAACAACAGCUUUAAAAACAACACCGAAGAAUCCAAUUUAGUUGAUGACUAUAUACGUAUCUCUUAAAAAUUACAAUGUAAUAUAUGCCAAACAUGAAUCGCAAUUCGUCAUUGCGUUAUUUGCGUAAAUAAUCAUUGCCUCAAUAAAUGAGUGAUAAACGUAAUAACUAAUAUUCAGUACAUUGCACUAUUGGUAGCUGUACUGAAUACAAAGAAUAUAAUGUAUUUCUUGCUUUUUUUCUGAUUACACCAAUGUUAUUGCGACAGAUUUGCGCAAAUGUAAUUUGAUAUCACGCAUUGUAAUUAUAUAAAUGCAAACUGCCUAGUUUUCUGGACGUGAGAAGGUGAAGAAGACUGGGAACGUCCUAGUUUUUUGAGCGCAGGGGUCUGAGAACUUCCUAGAAUUACCUUAUUUGGAAAAAACUAGCCCAGAAUACCAUCGCGCGUAAUGACGUUCUUUUAAUCUAAAUCUAGACAUGUUGACAGAAUAAAAACAUUCCUAAAACAGAGAUUAUUAAUAUAAUACGGAAACAGCUUUGCAUAGGGUAUUAAAAUAGCAGAACAUUUCGAAAUUAAGCACGAUAAUGUAGAAUACACGUACACAACACAAACUGACAACCGAUUUUGUGACCUAUGUCAGGGCGUCCUAGUUUACGCUUUCUGGUUGCCUAGUUUUUCAAUUUUUACCAUUUUUUGGCCUAAAAUUGGAAAAUUUAUGAGAUUGGGUUCCCAGGCACAACUGGCCUCAUUUGGAACCUUGAGACUAUUGCAUGAAUUCUCGCUUCCAUGAUGGGGAUUAUGAUUGUAUUUGUAUGUAUGUAUAAGGCAGAAGACAUGCAGGAAUUAUGAAUAAAAAUGGUUAGUUCUUCUGAAGAUAGCUUGAUCUACAACUCACUGGAGAAGUACACUGUUAAAUAUCUUGUUAUUAAAAGAUAUUAACGUACAGUGCACCAGGGAUCAAUCACGGACGGCCAUAUAUUAGCCGAGCAAAAUGCUGAUAUGGCCGUCUACUGAGUCCUGAUUACUCUGCACGGACAUUAUGGCCGACCGUUUUGUCUCAUUAAUUUGAAUAUUUCUUCCUUUAUUGUUGCAAAUCUUUUUAUCAAAAUCUGUAAUCUUUAACACAUGCAAACAAAGAUUCCGUCUGCUAGACAAUCACGGAAUCUGACUUCGUCACGAUCACUGAUCUGUACGAUUCAUACAAUAUAACAAUGUCAUCUCGUGUGUUAAGAGAAAUAUUUUAUAUUAUAACAAGACGCCCGCUCGGCGUUAACCUCGGGUCGGUGGAUAGGGCAUCUGGUAAAUAUGCAAAAAUCGUGUAAAAUGAUAGUUUAAUAGUUCACUAGUAUAAAUGGUGAAUCAGUCAAUCAAAGCUCCGUUUUAACAUUUUAUUGAUAAUAGUUAAAUACAGGAACAAUUUAGAGAAUUUACUGACGCAAUUAUUUAACUGUUUUAUUCAUUAUUUGGGAUAUUUUGUGGACGAGUGAAUGAUAUACAUAGCUACUUCACUACUUCAUCUUGUAUUUAGUAACACUAACAGACAAUAUUAUCAGUCUAUUUGUUGAUUGCACAUAGCAGAACGACAGUCACUUCAGAUAUUUUUAAAAUAUAUCAAAGUACCGAAAAUAUAAUUAGGUACAUAUAACUGAUCCAUCAUUAGUAAUAGUUGUCCCACAGUUGAAGAAUGUAAUGAGUGGACAGUUGGCAAAAUUGUUGUCUACCAGUUACAGUAAGAACCAUCCAUAAAAUGCUUAGCAGUAUCAAACAAGUGAAAGUUGGCCGCGGUAUUCCCAUGCUAUUGUAUUGUACCUUAUAUCAACAUAUACUCGAGUCAGAAUAGUUAUCCAGCUGAACAUGUAUGUCAAAAUUAUCACAUCUUCUGGUUUUAAAUCAACAAUUUUGACGGAUUUUGUGCAAGGACAGCUUCGGGUUCCGUUUCGCUUUGGCCGAUGCUUGAAAUUUCCCGGAAGUACACUUAUUUACCAGAAGUUGUCGUCUCCUCCGCAGGCUCUUCGACUACGCGCGCGGCUCGACACAAAAUGAAAAAAAAAAAAUGGGAGCCGAAUUUAUGACCUCGGUGUCGUACCGACCCGAGGUAAUUAUAUACUAGCUGUUAUUGAGUAAGUUUUCGUUGAUAUUGUGUAAUUGUGUUAACCAUUAUACAUAUGCAUAUACAGUAUAUGGUUUUGGACUUUUGGUAGUUGUUAAGGUUUUGGUUUUAAUAUAGUACUGUGACAAGUGACAACAUCCCUCUUGAGAAUAAUUAAGUGUCCGAUCAUGUCCGACCAAAACAUGGAUUGGUCAGACCAAGUUUUCAGAAUUAUAUUGAACUCUGCAGUACUACUACACUGACACUGUUAAUAUCUUGUUAUUAUUAUUAUAAUUCUUAUUUUGAUUGUAUUGGUAUUUAAAAAUGUUUACUAUUCGACUGGUACAGCCUAUCAUUAGCGGAUUAGCCUUGACCAGAAUCCACCCUAAACAUUUUUUAUACAGUGAUCCCCAACGGAAAUUUGCUGUGUGUUGAUAAAGACUGUAUAAUAUCAAUAAAACGUAAAUACUGUAAUGCCAUACCACAUGUCAAUUGGUAGGGUCUACUGCUGUGCAUCAUUCUUCUGCUUUUAACAUACUGUACAUGUAUGGACUUUAUCUUCUGUAUUUAUUCCCUUAUUCCAACGAAGUAACUCUCUAUUUCUUAUCUUUAAAUUAAUAAUACUUUCUAUUGUUUCUGUAGGUACAGUUGGCAACAGAUUUACCAGAUUGAAAGCCACUAAACAUGCGUGUAAUAGAGCGGAAGUUAAGUUAGUAAAAGAAUUAGGAGGAACCGACCCAUCAUUCUACUACUGCACACUAGUUGCUCGAACAGACGUCGAGAGAUAUUGUGAGAGAUAUGAAGACAAUGGUACUCGAAUAAAUCGAAAUACUUGUUCAUCCAAGCCGGAUAAAAAAAAGUCAAAAAAAUGUACACCAAAGGCAAAGCAAGGAUUAAAGGAAAUCGAUUCUGUUGUGACUGACAAACAAAUUAAGAAGUACAAAGCUACUUUUAGUAAAGGCAACGCUCGUAAGAAAUCUACUGCAAAAUCAGUUUUGCCCGAGGCUAAAUCUUUAAAUAUCACAAAAAUACAAGUCGACAAAAUUUCACAGGAGCUUUACACUGACGAAGCAAAUACUGCAAUUACCGAAACAAAUACGCAAGAUGCAGGCAAGAAACGAAAACGUCGUACGCAAUUUGAACUGCUUCAGUCGUACCAAUUUUAUACCGAUGUCACUGAGGAUGAAAGUCAUAAACGUCAGAAAACAUCUGUAAGUGAUAGUGAUGAUCAACAAUUGGAAGCUGAUUCGAUCAUACCUGUCGAUAUAAACUCGAACAUUAUCGAUUGGCAAAAUAAAUCUCCUAAGAAACUGGAAGAGGCCACGUUUAAUUAUGAUGAACUUGAUUUACCUUUUUCGGACGACAACAACAAUGCUAGUGGUUCCGUUGAACCACGUUCACCAACUUUGUUACUUAAGAGGUCCCAGAAUAAUAAAUGGCAUGUUGCGAAGGCCGUUUUACCACUUCUUAACCUUGAUGAUACAGAAUCUGAAAAAUCAUCUGAUAUUGUGAUCAAGGCGAAGAGUAACAGAAACUUAGGGGAAUCAAAGACUGCAAUGACAAAAGUGAAAAAUAAACUAAAAGCUUUACGGAAAUCCUCCACUGCAAAGAAGACGAAGAUCGAUAAAAGUGUUCGUCCUUUGGCUUCAAUUAAAAAGCUUGGCAAAAAAGGUUCGAAGAAAGUAAAGGAAUCAAACAAAAACCGGAAAAUCUCCGUUACUACUCUGGACGAACAGGAGAAGACACAAAAAUUUGAGGGAGAUCCUAUAUGUGAGAAAGAUAUUAAUGACACGAAACCAGAAAAUAGUGAUAACACUUCUGCGAGUGUUCAGCACAAAAAUGUUGAUAGGAGAAAAAGUUUGCUACUUCGUAAGGACAAUACGGAUAGUUUAAAUAAGACUUCAAUUGUGAACAAGGAGAAACGAGAAAAUGGUACUAAAAAUGACAGUAAAAUAACAGUUAAAAAGAAGCGAAGAAGACGUGUAGAAAUGAAUUCCUUUCGUUUAAUUGAGACUAUUCCAUAUUCCUCGUUAUUAGUUGUAAGAGAUGGCGAUCUUUGCCCUUCCUAUACCAUGGCAUAUAAUCAGAACAAUUAUCUUCCUGGUUGCUGCCAUGCAUUAUGGAGAUGGCGUUUAGGGAAGCCAGUGAAGAUUCCAUGUCAGUCCCCAGUGAAAACAAAAGAUGACCAGUUCCUGGUGGAGAAAAAACAAGAUGACCUGUCCCCAGCCAAGCCAAAUGAAGAUUAUAAGUUUCCGCCUAAGACAAAACAGGCUGAGCAUUCUCAGGUUGGAAAAAGGCGAGAUGAGCAGUCCCCGGUCGAAAAAAGGCCAGAAGAGCGCCAAAUCGAAACAAAGACAGAUGAGAUGUCCUCGGCUAAAACAAAGAAAGAGAAACAGUUCGCGUUGGAGGAAAAGCAAGAUGACCUGUUAUCCCCGGUGGAAACACGACCAGAUGAACAUGCUCCGGCUAAAGAAAAACACGAUGACCUGUCCCCAAUUAAAACAACACAAGAUGAACAGGCGAAGAAUGAUGUGGAAAUUAAUGGAAACGAAAAGUUAUCGAAUUAGAGGGAGGAUGAUAUUUAAAACGUUAUUUGUUCAGGACACAGCUAUUCCACAGUCAAAACAAGGCAAAAUGACUAGCCAAAGGAUGGGGCACUAUAGAUUAUAAAGUUAACAGCGAAGGUUGUUUUUUAGUAAAGAAAUAUCCAUACAGUCUCAACUGUUCCAGUUACAGUGUGCCAGAAACGUACUGUGUGCAAACGUAAAGAAACAUUUUUCUAAUUAUUCACUUACUGUAAGCGCCGAUGGACUUUGUUCUUUUUCUAAUAAAGCUUUGUAUUUCGUAAAUCCAGUCGUUUUCAGCGCUUUUGGCGCACAAACAUAACGAGACUAACAGGUGGGUAAUUUGUCGACACCAAGGCAUUUUUAAUACCAUGGACUGGUGGGGCAAUUGCCCCACUGGGCCCCUACCUCUGCCCCACCACUGAAGAAAAAAAAUGGCCUAUUUCCCCAAAGCCAGGGCCCUAUGACCUGUAUUGAGUAAAUGAGUUGAACAUUGAAAAGCGUGAGCAUACAUAAACUUAUGUUGUGUUUGAUUGUUUAGCAUGCAAUUUAUUACUGACAAAUUUCAC